AUGCUUUUGAUUAGAUUAAUUCUUAUCAUAGAAGUUUUUGGAUGGAGAUUAUACAACUCAGAGUCAUUUGAUUCUCUAGGUUUCGCAAUUGAUAAACAAAAUUGUCCUAAAUUACAUAUAUUUAUGGCAGGAUUGCAUCCAUAUAAAUGUGUCUGUACAUAUUAGCUUUAUUAAUAGCUUAUGCUUUUAUUUGUAAAGGUGUUACAGAAGUAUAAGUAAAAACUGGAGAAGAUGGAACUUAACAUUAAUGUCAUCCCAAAUUUUAACCUUGGGGAGCAGGGACUCCAACCCUAGAUGCAUAUAUGGUUCAUUGUGGAUUUCAUGUUGGCGUUUCGUUAGUAAUCGAAUAGCUACCUGAUGAAAGUUAUAAAUAUUAUUGCAAAUGUAGGUUUAAAUGCCUAUUAUUUUAGAUUUCGCAGAUAAUUCACAUAAUAAAUGUUUGAUUACAGCCUAUCAGAAAGGUUUAUUUCGAUGCUAGAUGUGUAAACUUCCAUUUUUUGGAAAUGGUUUUGGUUGUGAUUAAGUUAUACCGCGCUACGAUAUAAGAUAUCCAAAAUUUAGAUUUUAUAAUACAAAGGGAAUGCUAUUAUUCAAUCGUUUAUGGUGUUGUAAUUAAAUGGUAAGCAAUAGAUGA